GAGGGGUUCUCUGGUUGGUGACCACCAUCUUGCAUCCCAAUUCCGUGACGCCUCGCUCUUUAGACUCCCAAAUGCCCCGCACACUAUUCAUACGACCUUCCCAAUUGAUCCCGUCGACACCUCUUCGGCUAGCUCUGCCUCUGUUUCGAAGUUUUUCUUCAAAGCCCUCGUGCCAUUCGUCUUCUCCUUCGCUUUUCGCAACUCGUCCUCUACCAAACUUCUCGCGGGCCUACAUCACAGACUCGAUACGCUCCCACCAAGCUCGCAAGAUGGCUCCCCAACUCGAUGGUUUCUUCCAGAAGGUCGACGGCCUGUCUGACCACUUCAUCGACCGACUCCGCAGAGCCGUCGCUAUCCCAUCCAUCUCUUCCGACGCCGCCCGCCGUCCGGAUGUCGUCCGCAUGGCCAACUGGCUCGCCGACGAGCUGGUUGCCCUCGGCGCCCAGGUCGAGCUCCGCCCCCUCGGCAAGCAGCCCGACAUGCCAGAGCUCGACCUGCCCCCGGUAAUCCUCUCGCGGUACGGUAGCGACAAGAACAAGCGAACGAUCCUCGUCUACGGCCACUACGAUGUCCAGCCCGCCGAGAAGAGCGACGGGUGGGCGACCGAGCCGUUCGACCUCACCGUCGAUUCCGACGGCCGCAUGUUCGGCCGAGGCUCCACCGACGACAAGGGGCCCGUCCUGGGCUGGCUCAACGCCAUCGAGGCCCACCAGAAGGCCGGUGUCGACUUCCCCGUCAACCUGCUCAUGUGCUUCGAGGGUAUGGAGGAGUACGGCUCCGAGGGCCUGGAUGAGCUCAUCGAGGUCGAGGCCAAGAAGUUCUUCGCCGACGCCGAGGCGGUUUGCAUCUCGGACAACUACUGGCUGGGCACGGAGAAGCCCUGCCUGACCUACGGGCUGCGCGGGUGCAACUACUACUCGGUUGAGAUCUCGGGGCCUGGCCAGGACUUGCACAGCGGCGUCUUCGGAGGCACCGCGCAGGAGCCCAUGACCGACCUCGUGCGCGUGCUGGGGACACUGGUCGAUACUAACGGCAAGAUCUUGAUCCCCGGCAUCAACGAGCAGGUCGCCCCCGUGACGGCCGAGGAGGAGGGUCUGUAUUCCGACAUCAGCUUCACCAUGGAGACGCUCCACGAGUCGCUGGGGAGCAAGACGACCAUCUUCGAAGAGAAGGAGCCGACCCUCAUGGCGAGGUGGCGGUACCCCAGUCUGUCGGUGCACGGUGUCGAGGGCGCGUUCUCGGCCCCGGGGGCCAAGACGGUCAUCCCGGCCAAGGUCAUCGGCAAGUUCUCGAUCCGCACCGUGCCGAACAUGGAGAUCGAUGAGACAAACGAGUGCGUCUACAAGUACGUCAACGAGCAGUUCGCCAAGCUCGGGAGCAAGAAUACUCUGAAGGUCUACGCCCAGCACACGGGUAAGUGGUGGGUUGCGAGCCCAAACCACUGGAACUUCACCGCAGCCGCCAAGGCCGUGGAGCGCGUGUGGGGGGUGAAGCCCGACUUCACCAGGGAAGGCGGCAGUAUUCCCGUCACCCUCACGUUCGAGCAGGCCACCGGCAAGAACGUCCUUCUCCUGCCGAUGGGCAGCUCCACGGACGGCGCUCACUCGAUUAACGAGAAGCUGGACAAGCGAAACUACAUCGAGGGCAUUAAACUGCUUGGAGCAUACCUCCAUUAUGUUUCGGAGGAGCCAAAGGUCUAAAUAGUUGCCGGGCCUCACAAUAUCAAGGUAGAUCAGCCCGUGGCAGCGGCUCCCCUGAUGCUCAAGGCUACAGGGCGACGGGAUUGGUGUCCGUUAUAGGCACCGCUUUUACGGGACCUCGUGUAACUGAGAGUCAGGUUCCUGCUCAGCCAGUGAUAUAGCCAUGCCCUAAUAUGAUGGUCGCUUAGAUUUGGUACAUCGCGAUAUAAGGAGUGGCCUUAAAGGCGCCCAAUGACUAAACCAUUCCAG